AUGGAGCAAACUUUCAUCAUGAUCAAGCCUGAUGGGGUUCAAAGAGGCCUGGUUGGUGAUAUCAUUAGCAGGUUUGAGAAGAAGGGCUUCUAUUUGAAAGGUUUGAAGUUCAUCAAUGUGGAUCGUCCUUUUGCUGAGAAACACUACGAGGACUUGUCUGCAAAGCCCUUUUUCAGUGGAUUGGUUGAUUAUAUUAUUUCUGGCCCCGUUGUUGCUAUGAUUUGGGAGGGUAAGAAUGUUAUCCUAACUGGCCGAAAGAUUAUUGGUGCCACCAACCCAGCAGAAUCCGCCCCUGGAACCAUCCGUGGUGAUUAUGCAAUUGAGAUUGGCAGGAAUAUCAUUCAUGGAAGUGACUCAGCAGAGAGUGCAAGGAAAGAGAUUGCACUGUGGUUCCCUGAUGGCCCUGCUAACUGGCAGAGCAGCGUUCACCACUGGAUCUAUGAGUAA